AGGUAACGGAAAUAGGAUAUAAGUGGCUGUGGCCGGACAGUAAUAAAAAUAGUAUUUAAAUAAUGGAUACAGGCCAUUUUGAGCUUUGAAAACUCUGCUGUAUGAAGACCCACCCUGACCAGGACACAUUGAAGCACCGCUCCCAGCACAUGAAGAUCCACCCUGACCAGGACACACUGAAGCACCGCUCCCAGCACAUGAAGAUCCACCCUGACCAGGACACAUUGAUGCACCGCUCCCAGCACAUGAAGAUCCACCCUGACCAGGACACAUUGAUGCACCGCUCCCAGCACAUGAAGAUCCACCCUGACCAGGACACAUUGAUGCACCGCUCCCAGCACAUGAAGAUCCACCCUGAUCAGGACACACUGAAGCACCGCUCCCAGCACAUGAAGAUCCACCCUGACCAGGACACAUUGAUGCACCGCUCCCAGCACAUGAAGAUCCACCCUGACCAGGACACAUUGAAGCACCGCUCCCAGCACAUGAAGACCCUCCCUGACCAGGACACAUUGAAGCACCGCUCCCAGCACAUGAAGACCCACCCUGACCAGGACACAUUGAUGCACCGCUCCCAGCACAUGAAGAUCCACCCUGAUCAGGACACAUUGAUGCACCGCUCCCAGCACAUGAAGAUCCACCCUGAUCAGGACACAUUGCUGCACCGCUCCCAGCACAUGAAGAUCCACCCUGACCAGGACACAUUGCUGCACUGCUCCCAGCACAUGAAGAUCCACCCUGACCAGGACACAUUGCUGCACCGCUCCCAGCACAUGAAGAUCCACCCUGACCAGGACACAUUGAAGCACCGCUCCCAGCACAUGAAGACCCUCCCUGAUCAGGACACACUGAAGCACCGCUCCCAGAACAUGAAGAUCCACCCUGACCAGGACACAUUGAAGCACCGCUCCCAGCACAUGAAGAUCCACCCUGACCAGGACACAUUGAUGCACCGCUCCCAGCACAUGAAGAUCCACCCUGACCAGGACACAUUGAAGCACCGCUCCCAGCACAUGAAGAUCCACCCUGACCAGGACACAUUGCUGCACCGCUCCCAGCACAUGAAGAUCCACCCUGACCAGGACACAUUGCUGCACCGCUCCCAGCACAUGAAGAUCCACCCUGACCAGGACACAUUGAUGCACCGCUCCCAGCACAUGAAGAUCCACCCUGACCAGGACACAUUGAUGCACCGCUCCCAGCACAUGAAGAUCCACCCUGACCAGGACACAUUGAAGCACCGCUCCCAGCACAUGAAGACCCACCCUGACCAGGACACACUGAAGCACCGCUCCCAGCACAUGAAGAUCCACCCUGAUCAGGACACAUUGAAGCACCGCUCCCAGCACAUGAAGAUCCACCCUGACCAGGACACAUUGAUGCACCGCUCCCAGCACAUGAAGAUCCACCCUGAUCAGGACACACUGAAGCACCGCUCCCAGCACAUGAAGAUCCACCCUGACCAGGACACACUGAUGCACCGCUCCCAGCACAUGAAGAUCCACCCUGACCAGGACACAUUGAAGCACCGCUCCCAGCACAUGAAGACCCUCCCUGACCAGGACACAUUGCUGCACUGCUCCCAGCACAUGAAGAUCCACCCUGACCAGGACACAUUGAUGCACCACUCCCAGAACAUGACAUGCUGAUUAUGAUCUCAAGGGCAAUCACAGGAGGCCACAUCUGGAGCAACACAACAGGCCCAACAGGAGGUCUGCCCUGCAUAAUCAUCACUAACCCUACACAACCUUUGUGGGAUUCUGCUGUAAAAGUAGUUACCUAAAGUUGCAAUCGAGCCUCACUAAUGCAAGGAGAAAACACAUGUAGAAUAUGGAAGAUACAUAUGAUCUGAAUCAUAUGUACAUUAACAUAAUAGACUUAAACAAGGUGAUCAAUAUAACUGGAUCAGGCUACAGAGUCUAAAGCCUGACAAAAUAUUAGUGAAUAUUAGUGUUGUGAGGAUUUCGUUUCAACUAUGCCUGAUACACACACACACACACACACACACACACACACAUAUAUAUGGAGUACAUUUAAAGAAUACAAAAGAUUGCGGAGUUACAGUAAGAAGACCCCAAGAAUAUAGCAUGCUGCAAAACGUUUC